ACGUGGGAACAUCUUUUGCUGGGCCAAGGAUAGAAAAUGGGCGUACUACCUCAUGGUGGAUGGUUGACCUUGGAAAUGAUCAUCAGCUAAUGUGCAACUAUUACACAUUGCAACAGGACGGGUCAAGGUCAUAUAUAAGAUCAUGGAAGUUUCAGGGCUCAAUGGAUGGCAAGACUUGGACAGACUUGAGAAUACAUGAGAACGAGGAGACAGUAUGCAAGCCCGGUCAGUUUUGUUCAUGGCCGAUUGUUGGACCCAACACCCUGCUCGCUUUCCAGUUCUUCAGGGUUGUUCUCACAGGUCCAACUUCUGAUGCUUCUAAUCCCUGGAACUUCUGCAUCUGCUUUUUGGAACUCUACGGCUACUUCAACUGAUGUUAUAAUGUACGUGCUGCUACGUUGUUAUCCCACGUCCUGCUUUUACGGCCUCUGUACACGGAAGAUUUCUGGGUGUGGCUUUACAGUUUCUGGAGAUGGAAAAUUUGCAGUGCUGCUUCCAACUGACUUUUGAAGAUCCAUAGACAAUCACAGGCAGAAAAUAAUUGAGUGUCAUACUUUUUGGUUGCUUCAGACUGCUUGAAAUUAAAUAGAGGCGUUUUCCUUGUUA